AUGAGUGCCGACGCUGAAGCUGAGGCUGAAGCCUUUAAUGAUUUCCUGACCGUCCUCCUGGAGGAGAUAAGCGAUGAGAUCAACCUGCCUCUGGUUUUAAUUGUGAAUCAUGUGAUUUUUUUUUUUUCAGGAGACAUUGAGGCUGAAGCUGAAGGUCAAGCUGAAGUUGAGGUUGAAGUUGAGGCAGAAGGUGAAGCUGAAAUUGAGGCUGAAGUUGAAGCUGAAAUUGAGGCUGAAAGUGAAGCUGAAGGUGAAACUAAAGCUGAAGCUGAAGUUGAGGCUGAAGAUAAAGGUGAAGCUGAAGGAGUUGUUGAAGAAGGAAAGCUGGACGACACUGAAACAGAGAACAGCACAUCUCUGGAGAGCAAUAAUACAGAGAAGCCUGAAAACACCGGGAAUGGAAAUGAGAAAAAGAAAAGGAGCAGGAGAGGAACACGAGGCAAAGGAAGGAAGAUCAAUUACAGAAAGUUCCAGGACAAUAAAGCAGGACGAUCUGCAGCUGAGGCCGUAGAAAGACCAGCAGAAGAUGCAGAAACAGAGAACAGCACACCUCUGGCAGACAAACCCAUGGUGAAGGCGGAUGAAGAAUCUGAGCCUAAAGAGGAAAUCCAACUCCCUGAGACGGAGACCGUUAACGAGCAGCUCCUGAAUGAAGUAAAGGCAAAGAAGAAGGUCAGGAGAGGAACACGAGGAAGAGGGAGAAAAAUCAACUACAAGAAAGUUGAGGACAAAGAAGCUGAACAGAAUGGAGGGAGGAAAGAGCUGACUGACGCCAAAGCAUCAAGAGACCAGCGUGAACGUCAGACAGAAAGAAAGCCGCAGACACACACACGUGUGUGGACACGCCGUGACCGAGCCUGUGAGUCAGGGUGGAGAGGACCUGCUCACUGCGACCAGAGAGACAGGAGAGUCCCGAGAAGAUCAGCUCAAGAGACGCCAUCACAUGCUGGAGCCUGAUCAAUUAAACACACACACA